GGAAAGAUCAUUCCCAAGAUCCCAUCAUCAACACUCUUCCCUUCCUAAUCUAUUUUAAAUCAGAAAAAAAGAAAUCACCACUAUCACUGUAAAUGAGAUCUAGAUCACAGAAUUAUACCUCGGGUAUAAAUAUCACAUCUAAUAGAUUGUCAUCUGACGAUCAUCAUGAAUCAUUCCACAGCAAUAAACAGCAUAUCGGUGAAGAUGUAAAUAAUGUUGAAGAUGAACGAAAUAUUAUUGAAUUUACAGAUUUGCAAAUUCCAAGACAAAAUUUUCCAAUUAAACCGUAUUUAGCAUUUGAUAGCCUAUUGUUAGACAGUCAUAAUUGGAAAAUGCAUAUCAGACAAGAAAGAUUUCAGCGGAAAGUCUACUUAAUCAUUGGCUUUAUAAUAUUACUUGCAUUCACAUUGUCACAUAUACCGAUUAUAAUGUGGAAACGGUGGAAAUUUAACCAGUUGACAUUGAAAAUUGAACAAAUUAAUAAACAUUUAACAUUGGACCGGGAUGUUCAUAAUGCUUGUAUCAUAACUAAUUGUGCUAUAUUAUGUCCAAAAGUAACAAAUAUAACAAACUGGUAUACAUUAUAUAAUUUACCUUAUGCAACAUUACCGCAUCAAAAUGCUUAUUUUGCUGAAUCCACUACACCAUAUACAUUUGAAGAAUGUUAUUUAGCUUAUUGGCAUAGUGUAUCCAAGUAUAAGAGACGAUUUAAAGAUGGAAGGAUACAAUUUUUAGGUCAUGAAGAAUACAAUGAUGAUGUUACAGAGUGUGCACAACUAAGAAUACGUAAUAAUAAUUCACAAGAAAAAACACCAAUUGGUAAACCACAUUCAUGUUUAACUUUAAGUUUUCAUUUCCCUCAAUAUAAUGCAGAAAGAAAUAAGAAAUUACCAAUUGUUGUUUAUUUAGGUGGUGAUUAUUUAUUAAAUCAUAAACCAAGAUUAAUUUCACCGAAAAUGGCAGCUGAUUUGCAAAUUAUUUAUAUUACAAUCAAUUAUCGAUUGGGUAUAUUCGGUUUCUCUGAUUUUAAUCUACAUAUUUCUGGUGCUAAUAAUGCUGUAAAUGAUGUACGUGAAGCAUUAACAUGGAUUCAAACCUAUGGGCAUUUAUUUUCAGGGAAUACAUCAUCAGUUAUGAUUUAUGGAGAGAAUUCUGGUGCGACAAUUGGUGCUGUUCUAUUAGCUUCGAGUAAAAAUGAUUUGAUUUAUAUAAAUGGAAGUUGGGUUGCUCCAUUCACGCAUAUGUGGUUGUCCGAUGGUUCAGUUAUUAUUCCCAAGACAGAAGAACACAAUGAUCAUUUCAGAAGACUAGUUUUAAAUGAUCCUGAUUUAAUGAAAUCUUGUGAAGAAUGGUUAAAUGAGAAUGAACAGGAGAGGAAUUUUGUAGAAAAUCGUCAUCCAUUAGGUAAAAUGCAUCAAUGUCUAUCAAAAGUCUCCAUUACUGAUUGGUUGCGUAAAACACCCUCCAGUUGGAUUGAUUCAAAAGUAAUUGAUGAAAGUCGCUUACCAAGUUCGAAUGAAUAUCGUACAACAAUAAUAAAACGUGAUGGUGGUAAAUCAAAAGUCUACUGUCCACUUUGUAUACUGACAUCAAAUUAUAUUGCGAGUAGUAGUAGUAGUAGUAGUAGUAGUAGUAGCAGUAGUAUUUAUGGACAAGGAGAUAAACUACGCCCUAUACCAUUGGUAUUAUUUUCCUCUUUAAAUCGUCCUGUUGAAGAUAAUCUCCUUUUGAAUGAUACACUUCAUCAGUAUACAUUAAAACAAAUUGAAGUAAGUAUUAAAGAUACUUUUGAUAAUUUGUAUAAAAUCAAUAAUCAGUUACCAAAAUCGAAUAUAAUUUGGAAUAUUUAUAAACCAUUAUUAUAUCAAUUAAAAUUACGGCGUAAAUUAGAUCAAACUAUUGAAAAUAUUAAUUAUAAACAAUUAUAUGAUACUAUACGCAUAGAUUUACGUGUUAUCUGUUUAUAUAAUUUAUAUGGGAAAAUGUUAAGAUCAUCAAUGAAUCAUUUCAGUGUAAAUGCAGCAAUUUUUCGAUUAUUAAAUCGUAUACCAUCAUAUAUAUAUGUCGAUGAUAAAGGUGAUAAAUGUGAUAUUCCCUUCUUUCUAAUUGAUCAUCAAUUGAAUUGUAAUAGAAAUAAUUAUUCAUUCAAUGAAUACAAUCAAGAAAUAUUGAUUUAUACAUUUCAACAAUUUGCUUAUAAUGCUUAUUUAAAUGAUGCAUUAGAAUUAUCAAUGAAUAAGAAUAUUGAUGGUACAUAUAAUGUGAUCACUGAACAAGGUAUAGUAACAUUAGGUGAAAGAGAGAUUAUGCUGUUAUCAGCUUGUAAUGCAUGGUUAAUAAAUGAUAUUGAUAAACAUAAUGAAAACAGUUUAAAUCAUAUACUAAAAUAUGGUAAAUAUAAUUAAAUUGUUAUCCUUGUCCUGUGUGUGUGUACAUACAUGCACUCAUUUUUCCCUUUCUUAUCUUCAAUCAUUUCACUCAUUGUACUGUAUGUUACUAUAAUUAGUAUAUAUUUGUGAAAUUCAUCAGUAUAGAUCGAAAAUUGAUGUGCUUUAAAUACAACAUUGUGAAUGAAAUCCAAUGAUAGUAACAAUAAUAAUAAUGAUAAUAAUGAUAAU